AUGGAGAUCAAACAUAACAAAUGGAAAUCAAAUGGAACCACAAUUGCCGGUGGUAAUGGAUGUGGAAGAAAUUCGAAUCAAUUAAAUUAUCCCCGAGGAUUUUAUGUUGAUUCUGACAAGUCUCUGUAUAUUGUUGAUUGGGGGAAUCAUCGUAUUGUUCAUUGGAAACACGAAGCCAAAUCAUGUCAAGUUGUGGCAGGCGGAAAUGGACGAGGGAAUCGAAAUAACCAAUUGAAUUAUCCACGAGAUGUUCUUCUUGAUAAAGGGAACCAUUCUUUGAUUAUAUCUGAUCGAAAAAAUCAACGAAUCGUUCGAUGGUUUCAUCAUAGUAAAACUGAUCAAGAAAUUCUUAUUUCGGAUAUCGAUUGUUGGGGGAUCACGAUGGACCGAAAAGGAUAUAUCUACGCGGCGAUUUGCGAGAACAACGAAGUCAAAUAUUGGAAGGACAAAGACAAAGAUGGUAAAUUAGUUGCAGGUGGGAACAAAGAAGGAGAUGCUUUAAAUCAACUUCAUGGUCCUACAUGUGUAUUUGUUGAUGAGAAUUACACAUUGUAUGUUGCCGAUUAUAAUAAUCAUCGGGUUAUGAAAUGGGUACGAGAUGCCGAAGAAGGAAUUGUUGUUGCCGGCGGCAAUGGCAAGGGAAAGAGUUUGAAGCAACUAUCAUGUCCAGAAGGAGUGACAGUCGAUCAAUUAGGACGAGUUUAUGUAGUCGAUUGUGCGAAUCAUCGAGUUAUGCGUUGGACGGAGGGUAAAGACGAAGGCGAAAUUGUUGUGGGUGGGAAUGGGCAAGGAAAUGGAUCGAACCAAUUGAAUUUUCCAACGGAUUUAGCGUUCGAUGAUGCAGGAAAUCUUUACGUUGUUGAUUGUGACAAUCAUCGAAUACAAAAAAAGUCAAUAUUUAACUACCGAACAGUAAAAACAGUCAUUGGCACAACGUGCGUUUUCUUCUGA